GAGGACCGCCAAUUGGUGGAUGUGUGGGGCGAACGAGAGAGAGAGAGAGAGAGAGAGAGAGAGAGAGAUUUGACUUGGUCUCUGGCAGUUAGGGAAGAGGAGCUGGGGGCAGUUGUUGUCCGAGCUAAGCAAAUCGAGCCAUGGAGGGCUCGUCUGCCUCCGCGGAGGUGACUCGCGUCGCCAGCGCCAGCAGCCUCGGCAGCGAGGGGGGAAGCCGAGCGGUGAAGGUGAUCCCGCUGCAGCAUCCCGCGGAGCCCUCCCCUCUCUCGCAGUCGGCGGACGUCUACGGGCGGUGGGGGGCCAAGGUCCGGGGCAUGUCCUCUAUGGACUGGCUGGAGCUCCUCCUCCCCUGCACCCGAUGGAUGCGGAAGUAUCGGAUUAAGGAAUACCUACAAGCUGACCUCAUGGCUGGUAUCACCGUCGGCGUCAUGCUCGUCCCGCAGUCGAUGUCGUACGCAAAGUUAGCAGGCCUUCAUCCAAUCUAUGGACUAUAUGGUGGUUUCGUUCCAGUAUUUGUGUAUGCCAUAUUCGGGUCGUCACGCCAGCUUGCCGUUGGUCCGGUGGCUUUGACCUCCCUUUUAGUGUCCAACGUCCUCACUCCCAUCGUUGAUCCUUCAGACAAGUUGUAUACGGAGCUGGCAAUAUUAAUGUCGCUCAUGGUUGGCGUAUUUGAAAGUUUAAUGGGCUUAUUACGGCUUGGAUGGCUGAUCCGUUUUGUUAAUCACUCUGUGAUAUCAGGCUUCACAACUGCUUCAGCCAUUGUAAUUGCAUUAUCCCAGUUAAAAUACUUCCUCGGAUACCCUAUAGUUCUCAGCAGCAAAAUAAUACCUCUAGUCAAAAGCAUAAUUGCUGGUGCUGGUAAAUUUUCAUGGCCGCCCUUCGUGAUGGGAUCUGUUUUCCUUGUAAUUCUGCUUGUGAUGAAACACAUGGGGAAAACAAACAAGAAAUUUAGGAGUGUGAGAGCAGCUGGCCCACUUACACCAGUCAUAGUUGGCACAAUCUUUGUCAAAAUAUUUCAUCCACAUUCAAUUUCAGUGGUAGGUGAUAUACCUCAGGGACUUCCGAAGUUCUCCAUUCCUAGAGGAUUUGAGAAUGUAAUGUCCCUAAUUCCAACUGCAUUACUCAUUACCGGCGUGGCCAUUUUGGAAUCUGUGGGCAUUGCUAAAGCCUUGGCUGUGAAAAAUGGAUAUGAUCUAGAUUCAAAUCAAGAGUUGUUUGGUCUUGGUGUGGCAAAUAUUUGUGGGUCUUUCUUCUCCUCAUACCCUUCAACAGGUUCUUUUUCUAGGUCAGCUGUGAAUAAUGAGAGUGGUGCCCAAACCGGGUUAUCUGGAAUUGUAAUGGGAAUUAUAAUGUCAUGUGCUCUUUUAUUUAUGACACCACUUUUCACUGAGAUCCCUCAGUGUGCUUUGGCUGCCAUCGUGAUAUCCGCUGUCAUGGGACUAGUGGAUUAUGAAGAAGCUAUUUUCUUGUGGCGUGUAGAUAAGAAAGAUUUUAGUCUCUGGUCGAUUACAUUCAUUAUAACAUUAUUCUUUAGCAUUGAGAUUGGCGUUCUUGUUGGGGUUGGUUUCUCACUUGCAUUUGUAAUCUACGAAUCUGCAAAUCCUCAUAUAGCUGUGCUGGGACGUCUUCCUGGAACCACUGUAUAUAGAAAUGUUGUACAAUACCCUGAAGCAUACACGUAUAAUGGUAUUGUUGUUAUCCGUAUUGACGCACCAAUCUAUUUUGCAAAUAUAAGUUAUAUUAAAGACAGAUUACGUGAAUAUGAGCUAAAUGUUGACGGUAGCACAAAACGUGGAUCGGAUGUUGGACGAAUAUAUUUCAUCAUCCUUGAAAUGUCACCUGUUACACAUAUCGACUCAAGUGCAAUUCAAACUCUGAAGGACUUGCAUCAGGAGUACAAGUCAAGAGGCAUCCAGAUCGCCAUUGCCAAUCCAAACCAAGGAGUUCAUCUUCUACUGUCCCGGUCCAGAGUCAUAGAGCUGAUCGGCGUGGAAUGGUUCUUUGUUAGAGUGCAUGAUGCUGUGCAGGUUUGCCUUCAGCACGUACAGAACAUGAAUCCAUCCACACCCAAAGUCUCAGACAACACCAACUACACCAACUCAGACCCAAAGAGACAGUCCAGCUUUGUGGAGAGCCUAUGGAAACGGAAGCCUAAUGUCGCGACUCCAGCUGAAGAACCACUAUUGCUCCACAAUGAAGUUGUCUAGUGUAAAUUGGAAGUAGUCAAAUUCUAUUUAAUUGCGCAGCGAUUUAUCCCCCUAUUUUAUUUUAUUUUUAUUUUUUCUCCCGAGCAACUAUUGUCUUUCCCUCAGUGAAUUGGGCAUUUUAUUUUAUAUUGUAUACGGAAAUGUAAACGGGAUGAUAAAUAUGAUUGAUUUUAUUAUACCAUUUAAUAAAAAUCGGUUUUGAGUUC